CCGAGGCGCCGGGCCCGCCUCUCCCCUCCCCUCGCCUCCGCUGCCCGGUAGCAGGUUCGGGCACGGUUCGCGGGAGCAACUUCGCGGUUAAUUCCCCCCCCCCUUUUUUUUCCCUCCCUCUCGCCCGUGCCAGAGCCGGCCAUGGCGCAGGGGGUCGCGGACGGGCGGCCCGGGCGGCCCCGCCGCUCCUAGAGCCGCAGCCGGAGGCAGCCGCAGCCCCGGCGGGAGCCGCCGACCGCUGCCGGGGCCGCCGGGGCCCGUGAGCGCCGCCGGGAUGAGCGCCCUCGCCUUCGACGACGCGGCCCUGGACGGGCUGGCGCCGUCCCUCGGCCUCGCCGGCACCAGCGACAUCGACGCGGCGCUGCUCAGCGACAUCGACGAGAUGCUCCAGCUGAUCAACGUGCCCGACCACGACUUCCCGGGGCUGUUCGACUCGCCGUUCGGUGCCCCCGACGGCGCCGCGCCCCCCGCCCUGCCGCCCGCCCUGGGCACCUACGCGGGGGCCGGCACGCCGCCCGCCGCGGCCCCCGCCGCCUUCCCGGGGCCGCUGGCCCCCUUCGCCCCGCCGCCCCCGGCCCCGCUGCUGCCGGCGCCCGGCCCCCCGCCGACGCCGGGCGUCAAGGAGGAGCCGGCGGCGGUGCCCGUGGGGCAGCCCCCGGCCGGCGUCACGCUGGCGCCCGGCUUCGUGCCCGCGUCGCCCGGCCAGUUCAGCCCCCAGCCCUUGGUGGGCUACCAGCACGGCUUCCCCGCCGUGCAGCCCGGGGCCGCGGGGCAAGCGCUGCCCGGCCCCCUGCCCGCCCCGCCGCCCGUGCAGCCCGUCACCCUGGCCGGCGCCGUGCAGAGCGUGGCGGCCCCCCCGCUGCUGGCCCCCGCCGCCGCCCAGCCCGUCUCGCCCCAGAUCCAGCCGGUGCCGGUGCUGCUGCAGCCCCACUUCAUCAAGGCCGACUCGCUGCUGCUGACGGCCGUCAAGGCGGACGCCGGCGGCACCAAGACCUCCGUCGCCGGCAGCACCGGCGGGCAGGCGGCCCCGCUGCAGGUGCCGGCGCUGGUGAGCGGCGGGACCAUCCUGGCCACGGUGCCGCUGGUGGUGGACGCCGACAAGCUGCCCAUCAACCGGCUGGCGCCCAGCGGGAAGCCGGCGCUGGUGCCGAGCAAGGGGGAGAAGCGCACGGCGCACAACGCCAUCGAGAAGCGCUACCGCUCCUCCAUCAACGACAAGAUCGUGGAGCUCAAGGACCUGGUGGUGGGCACGGAGGCCAAGCUGAACAAGUCGGCGAUCCUGAGGAAGGCCAUCGAGUACAUCCGCUUCCUGCAGCAGAGCAACCAGAAGCUCAAGCAGGAGAACCUGGCCCUCAAGGUGGCCGUGCAGAAGAACAAGUCCCUCAAGGACCUGGUGGCCUCCUGCGGCGGCGGGGCCAAGGCGGAGGCGCCCAUGGAGGUGGUGAAGGCGGAGGUGAUGGAGAUGCUGACGCCGCCGCCCUCGGACGUGGGCUCGCCGUCGCACAGCAGCCCGCUCUCGCUCAGCGGCGGCAGCAGCACCAGCAGCAGCGACUCGGAGCCCGACAGCCCCCUCUUCGAGGAGGCCAAGGUCGGCGGCGCGGGGCCGCAGGUCAAGCAGGAGCGCCCGCCGCCCUCGCCCGGCACCCAGGGCAUGCUGGACCGCUCCCGCAUGGCCCUCUGCGCCUUCGUCUUCCUCUGCCUCUCCUUCAACCCGCUGGCCUCCCUGCUGCGGGGCGCCGGGAGCCCGGCCCCCGCCGAGAGCCCCAGUGCCGCCGGACCCGGCAGGAGCAUCAUGGCAGAGCCGGCCCCCAGGGAGGAGCCCUGGGGGUGGUCGCAGUGGCUCUGGCCCACCCUCGUCUUCUGGCUGCUGAACGUGGCGGUGGUGCUGGGCGCCGUGGUCCGGCUCUUCGUCUACGGCGAGCCCGUCACCCGCCCCCACUCGGAGCCCUCCGUGCUCUUCUGGAGGCACCGCCGCCAGGCCGACCUCGACCUUGCCCGGGGGGACUUUGCGCAGGCGGCGCAGCACCUGUGGACGGCGCUGCGGGCGCUGGGGCGGCCUCUGCCGGCCUCGCACGGCGACCUGGCCUGCAGCCUGCUCUGGAGCCUGCUGCGGCACCUGCUGCAGCGCCUCUGGGUGGGCCGCUGGCUGGCCGCCCGCGCCGGGGGGCUGCGCCGCGACCCGCCGCCCCCCGCCCACGUCCGCCAGAGCGCCCGCGACGCCGCCAUGGCCUACCACCGCCUCCACCAGCUCCACCUCACCGGCCGCCACGCCGGGGGGCACCUGCUGGCCGUCAACCUGGCGCUGAGCGCCGUCAACCUGGCCGAGUGCGCCGGCGACGCCGUCUCGGUGGCCGCGCUGGCCGAGAUCUACGUGGCGGCCGCCCUGCGCGUCAAGGCCAGCCUGCACCGCUGCUUCCACUUCCUGGCGCGCCCCUUCCUCUGCAGCGCCCGGCGCGUGGCCCUCUCGCACAGCGGCGCCGUGCCCCCCGCCAUGCAGUGGCUCUGCCACCCCCUGGGCCACCGCUUCUUCGUGGACGGCGACUGGGUGGUCAAGGGGGCCCCCAGCGAGAGCAUCUACAGCUCCGCCGGCAACCCAGUGGACCCGCUGGCGCAGGUGACGCAGCUCUUCCGCGAGCACCUCCUGGAGAAGGCGCUGUGCUGCGUGGCCCUGCCCGAGCCCCGCCGGCCCGCGGCCCACGGAGAGGGCAGGCAGUUCUCCGACGCGCUGGAGUACCUGCAGCUGCUCAACGGCUGCUCCGACGCCAGCGGGGCGCCCGGCCCCGCGCCCUCCAUCGCCUCCGGCCUGGCGGCCGUCGCAGGCACCGACCCCGUGUCCAAGUGGUGGGCGGCCGUCCUCGGCACCGUUAUUCACUGGCUGCAGGGAGACGAAGAGGGGGCCGAACGCCUCUACCCGCUGGUGGAGGCCAUGCCGCGGGCGCUGCAGAGCUCCGAGAAGCCCCUGCCCCGCGCAGCGCUGCACUCCUUCAAGGCCGUCCGGGCCAUGCUGAGCAAGCAGGACGGGAGCCAGGCCAGCCUGAGCCAGUGCGAGAAGGCCAGCGGCUACCUGCGGGAGAGCCUGGACUUCGGCAGCCCCGCCAAGGCCACCAUCGACAAGGCGGCCCAGCUCCUCUUCUGUGACCUGCUCCUCGUCACCCGCACCAACCUGUGGCAGCAGCAGAUGAGCGUCAGCCAGCAGCUCAGCUGCGUCUACCAGGCGUCCGCCCUGGAGCUCCGCGGCUUCCAGCAGGACCUCAGCAGCCUGCGGCGCCUGGCGCAGACCUUCCGGCCCGCCAUGCGCAGGGUGUUCCUGCACGAAGCCACCGCCAGGCUCAUGGCCCGGGCCAGCCCCACGCGGACCCACCAGCUGCUGGAUCGCAGCCUGCGGAGGAGAGGGGUGCAGGGCAGCAAAACGGCCGGCGAGCCGGAGAGCCACCCCACGCCGCGGGAGCACGCCGAGGCCCUGCUGCUGGCCUGCUGCUACCUGCCGCCGAGCUUCCUGGCGGCGCCGGGCCAGCGCGUGGGCAUGCUGGCCGAGGCCGCCCGCACCCUGGAGAAGCUGGGCGACAAACGGACACUGCACGAUUGCCAGCAGAUGAUCAUCAAGCUGGGCAGCGGCACCACCGUCACGUCCGGCUAGCCGGGGAGGCAGGCGCGUGCUGGCCCCCCCCUUCCCACCCCAGCCCCGCGCGCGGCUGCCGGCCAGGCUGGGGCACAUGGGGGGGGGGGCUGCGCUUGCUGGCCCCGUCGUGCUGCAGGGGGGUGGCAGGCAGCGGGGAGGCUCGUGCCUCAGUUUCCCCGGGGGAGGAGACCCUCUGCGGGGUGGGGUGAGGGAGCAGGCGGGUUUUAGGGUGACGGGGGAGCUGCGUGGGGUGGGCUGAGGGUGAUGGCAAAGGGGCUCCCGGCACCCGCAGCACCCAGCCGUGGGGCAGCCAAGUGCAGGAGCCCCCCCCACCUGCCCCAGGCAGGCUCAGCCCCCCCACGGCUCUGUCCCCACGCCUGGCCCUGUCCCCAGCCCUGGUGGGCGCCGGGACAUGGGGACCUCUAGUGACACCGUCACAGUAUUGCAUGGCACCAGGCUGCUUCUCCGGCCUUGUCCGGCUGUCCGACAUCCCCAUCCCUCGCCCCCUGCUCCCGCUCGCCCCACGCCCCCCCCCCCCCCACGGGCUCCUCAGGACAAGGCACCGGGGCCCCCUCGCCAUUGCCCCUUCCUGGGGUGUGGGAGGAGGUUUGGCCCCACCAUGGCAGCUCAGGGCCCUCCCGAGACGGUGCCCGCGGCGGGUAAGGGGGGGCCCCGCAGCCCCUCCCUGCCCAGCACUGACCAGUCCCCCCAGCGCGGAGCUGCCACCAGCCUCCGGGGCCGAGUGCUGGCCCCAGGCAGGGGCGCAGAGGAGCCGGGCUGGGGGGGUACGCAGGACCCUGGGGCUGCACCGGGGGGGGGGCAUGGAGGGCCCGGGGGUGUCCCGUCCCCUGCAGCCGCCCGCCCACCUUGUACAUAGCCCCGCGCGCCCCUGCCCCCCCGCCUGCCUCGCCUUUUUAAACGGUAUUUUCAUAGUUGGAGAGUUUUGUACAGACAAUUAAAGCCAAUUAUUUAUA